UGACCCCGGAGCCGACGUGUCCAGGCAAUCAGUUCCGCUGUGAGAACGGUCAGUGCAUUCCCUAUGAGAGUGUCUGCAACAAGACCACCGAGUGUACAGAUGAAUCAGAUGAACAGCACUGCAGUAAGUUGUCAUUUUUAUUUCCACUGUAACCCUAGUUCCUUUUUAAAGGUACCUUCACAUUGGAGGAUUUGUUGCAGCCAAAAAUCUCAGUGGUGAAUCCAUGUUGAGAAUCCAUGACCAAGGGCUUCACACUGGGAAGGCACAAUUAUGGCAUCUGAUGCAGAACUUUUGUUUAUUUUUAUUAACCUUAAAAGGCCCCCUUGUCACAUGUGACAAUCCAUUAGAGCCUAUUGUGGGCUUCUAUGGGUUAAUUUAAAAUUUAUCUGCCAGUGCAAUGGUCAGCAACCUGAAAGAAAACAGUAAAAAAUUUGUUAGUCUUAAACAAUGAGUUUUUUUGCUUGUUUUGUGUGUGUGUGUGGUUUUGUUUUGUGUGGGGGGUGGGACGCGGAGAGAUUGUGUUAACAAAGUUUGACAUCCAUAUAAAAUUGCUCUUUUAUUACAUUUUUUUCUCUCUGCUCUUCACAACUAACUAGCUUUGGAUUCUAUGACUUAUUAAUGAUAACCAGAGCUGUUUUUUUUGUCAACAUCAAAUCUGCAUACAAUUUAUUACCCAGAAUCAGAUACAUGUAUGCCUCUUCCAUAAAUAAAUUCAAAUCUUUCAGACUUGGAACUCUACAGUCCUGCUAGGUACAUGGUUUAUUUGCUGCAUUCUUUCCUAACCUUUAGGACUCUGGUGGCCCUAGGUAGCAACAAUUUCUGUGGGGUACCCCCUUGGGCCUCCUCGUGUCUUACAAGUUAAUAAUAUUUAGGAGUUUUAGGAGUUUCCAGAAGUGGCAGCCGAGCCUCUGAGAAGUGCAUUCAGAGCACAGAUUGGCAACCACUGAUGUACAUAUAAACUUAAAUUGGAUUGUUGUUAUAUACUAACCUAUUUUACACCCUCUGUUCCCAUCCCCCCCCCCCCCCCCCCCUUUUUCCCCCCCCCGUCCCCCCCCCCCCCCCCCCCCCCUGCUUGCUGCCACCACCAAAACCAAUUUUCUACAUCUCCAGACGUCAAUGAGUGCCAGAGUUCCAGGGUCAACCAGUGCCAGCACAGGUGUGUCGACACGAAGACCAGCUUCAAGUGUGAAUACCCUGCUUGCUGCCACCACCAAAACCAAUUUUCUACAUCUCCAGACGUCAAUGAGUGCCAGAGUUCCAGGGUCAACCAGUGCCAGCACAGGUGUGUCGACACGAAGACCAGCUUCAAGUGUGAAUGUAAUCCUGGCUUCCAGCUCAUGUCAGACAGGAAGGGGUGUCGAGGUAAAUGGCUGCAGGGCUUGGUUGUAGGGGAGGGGCUGUUGAGGUAAAUAGCUGCAGGGAUUGUUUGUAGGGGAGGGGCUGUCGAGAUAAAUAGCUCCAGGGAUUGGUUGUAGGGGAGGGGCUGCCGAGGUAAAUAGCUGCAGGGAUUGGUUGUAGGGGAGGGGCUGCCGAGGGAAAUAGCUGCAGGGAUUGGUUGAGGGGAGGGGCUGCCGAGGGAAAUAGCUGCAGGGAUUGGUUGAGGGGAGGGGCUGCCGAGGUAAAUGAAUAGUGGGACUGUUUGUAUGGCAGGUGCCCUGGGAGGUAACCUGCUGUUGAGAUUGGUUUCAACACUUGUAUGCUUUUAUGUUUUUAGAGAUUAAAUAAAUAAGAGGUGUGUGUAAAUUUUAUGGGUGGCUGUAAACAAUAAUACUCUUCAAACAUUUUGUAUUUUAUUCGGGUCGGGUUGUCAGGAAGGGGUAGCUCAAUGAGAGACGGGUUGUGUCAGGAAGGGGUAGCUCAAUAAGAGAUGGGUCGGUUUGUCAGGAAGGGGUAACUCAAAUAGAGAUUGAAAUUGUAAAACAAUGGACUGGCCGGUUUCAGGUCUGUGUUAUUGGACACAAGAUUUGAAUAAUGAGCACUCCCCAGGCCGGUGAAACAUAAUGUACUGUUUGGUACACUUUUGAUCUUAAGGACUGAGAGUCAUAAAAAUAAUUCUAACCAUUUGUAAAACUAAUUUAAAUUAAAAAAAUGGAGUAGCACAAUAAGAAGAAGAAUGAAUCCAUUUCUUUCCAGACAUUGAUGAAUGUGUUGAACAGAUUGGAGUUUGCUCUCAGCAAUGUGAGAACACCGAAGGCAGCUUUAUCUGCAAAUGUUCUGAGGGCUAUCAUAAGAUGGAGGACGAGAAGACGUGCAAGAAGACGGAUAGUGAGUAUGAAUUUGGUGGAAAUCUGGCCAAUUGAACUUUUUUUUUACAUUCUGUCAUUUUACAGAAAUAUAGGUCAAGUCUUGCGGUUAAUAACAUAAUGUGUUAGCAGACUCUUUCUUUUUCAUAUGCAAUUAUUUACACAAAAACAAGCUAAUACCAGUCCGGUAAUCAACAUCAAGUUGUAGGUUAGACAAAACUAAAAGAAUUCUGUCUUAAAAAAGCCUCCAUUUGUCAAUAUGCUGUUUCUUUACGUAAAAACGAAUCUUUUCUUAAUAAUAAAGAAAAAGAUCAUGGGAAAUAAUUUUCAAUUUUAAAAAACAUUUUUUUUAAUCUACCAGAAAUCACCCCCUGGCUUAUCUUCACUAACCGCUACUACCUGCGGGAAAUCUCAUUAGAUGGAGACAACCAUCGCCGAAUAGCCCAGGGAUUCGAGAACAUUGUCUCCCUUGAUUUUGACAUCGCCAAUGACCUGAUCUACUUCACCGAUGUGAAGCAGCACAAGAUCUACAGUAUAUUCCUCAACGGCACCGGCCAGAAGGUUGUGGUCAAGGACAACGUGCCCAGCGUGGAAGGCAUCUCUGUGGAUUGGAUUGCCAGGUAGUCAUGACAUUGAUGUGCCAGUUUGUUUAUCAAGGGCAGAGUGGAAAAUGUUGACUGCUUCUAGUCCAUUUUGAACGUUUUGAGGAAAAAUGAGUUUUAAAAUUGUGUUUGUCUAAUUGUAAUACCAAGUGUUUGCAUUGAUGAAAGUGUUGGACUGCAGCAAAGCUUUAAAUUGUAAUGCCAAGUGUUUGCAUUGAUGAAAGUGUUGGACUGCAGCAAAGCUUUAAAUUGUAAUACCAAGUGUUUGCAUUGAUGAAAGUGUUGGACUGCAGCAAAGCUUUAAAUUGUAAUACCAAGUGUUUGCAUUGAUGAAAGUGUUGGACUGCAGCAAAGCUUUAAAUUGUAAUGCCAAGUGUUUGCAUUGAUGAAAGUGUUGGACUGCAGCAAAGCUUUAAAUUGUAAUGCCAAGUGUUUGCAUUGAUGAAAGUGUUGGACUGCAGCAAAGCUUUAAAUUGUAAUGCCAAGUGUUUGCAUUGAUGAAAGUGUUGGACUGCAGCAAAGCUUUAAAUUGUAAUGCCAAGUGUUUGCAUUGAUGAAAGUGUUGGACUGCAGCAAAGCUUUAAAUUGUAAUGCCAAGUGUUUGCAUUGAUGAAAGUGUUGGACUGCAGCAAAGCUUUAAAUUGUAAUGCCAAGUGUUUGCAUUGAUGAAAGUGUUGGACUGCAAUAAAGCUUUAAAGUAGAUUAAUUAGACACGAACAAUUUGGUUUAUCCUGUAUGGAGUCAACGUACCAAAUCUGGUUAUUAAUUUAUUCUGCAUGUAAGUCCUAUCAGGUGUGUUACUAGUAUACAGUAUACCAGUAACUGCAAUGUCUAAAAUCCCAUCAUGGUUUGAGCUUUUGAAAUACCAAUUAUUUGUAUUUAUGAUUUAAAUCUCUCUAUUUCAAUCUAGCAACUUACUUACCUACUUAUGUCUUUUACCCUGUCUGGUGCAUAGACUGUCUGCAAGAAUUUUCCAUUCAUCUCAGUCCUGUGCUUUCCUUUCCAGUUGCUUCCAUGUGUAUCCCAUAUUUUGUGUGUCUGCCUCUAGCGCGCGUCUCCAAGUGUUCUUAGGCCUUCCUCUCUUUCUUUUUCCGUGUGGGUUCCUUAUUAGGGAUUUUGAAAUGAUGUUAUCUGGGGAUUUGUGGAGUGUGCUCUAUCCACCUCCAUUUUUUCCUUUUGAUUUCUUCAGCAAUUAGCUCCCUGUAUGUUCUUUCCAGUAAGUCUUUGUUGGUUCCAUCUAGCAAACAUGAACACUAUUUCCAGUAAUGAUGCUGGGGAAGUCAUGAAAUAUAUAUGGCUGGUCUUAACUCAUUGUUGAAGAUUUGUAACCUAAGUACUAGUUCAACUAGGCCCUUUGCUUGCAGACAAUGAAAUCAAGAUUUACACCUUCCACAAUAGAAUAAAAUUUUAGGAAUAUUUGCUUAACUGGCCCGAGAGUUUUAAACGUGACCCCAGCUAUGAGCAAGUAACAAUGAGGGAUGGAUGCAUCUCUCAAGCAAGGCGGCUGUACUUUGGCAUGAGGUUUAAAAAAAAAUGAUCCGCCAAAGUGAGGAAAGAAUAGUCAACAUGAAGUGAGACCAAGAAAUCUAUCCCACUUGUAGGAUAAUGAUAAAAAUAGAAUGACCUACUUGUUUUUAAGAUGGAAAAUGAGUUCAACCACUGCUUCAAUUUGUGUUAAAUUAACUUGACCACUGCUGGUCACUGGCAAGAUGGUCCAGCUCCUGCAGUUGUUAAAUAAAAAUAUAAUUUAAAAUAUAUUUUUUUUUAAAUUUUAAAUGUAAGCUUUCAAAAUUAAUUUGUGUUUGACCUACAGAAAACUUUACUGGGUUGAUGGAAGGAGAUCCACCAUCGGUGUCUCUGAGAUGAACGGGACGAGCCAGCUGACAUUGCUUAAAGAAGGGAUCAGGCGACCAAGAGCCAUUUCUGUCCAUCCCUUUAAUGGGUAA